GGGGAAGCAGGCAGAUAGGACAGAGUUGGAACCCCAGGGGAGGAUCUCCCAUUCAGUGAAGUUCCAUCCAUUGACCAGGCAGACUUGAAGGCCAGGAGACCCUGAAAGAGCUGGUGGAUUGGACCGGUAAGCAUUCUAGCAUCACCAGCGGCCUGAUGGACUCCCAGGAAACUCCAAAGGGAGUGGUCCCAGCCUAUCCUCAGCCAGGUUUCAUUACCUACUCACAGGGUCCAGUGGGGACACCUGUGCAACUUUAUAAAUCAAAAGCAUCCCUGCAGAAAUUCCUGAGAGGGGAGCCCAAGGUGCUGGGGACCAUCCAGAUCAUGAUUGCUCUGAUGAACUUCAGCUUAGGACUGGUUCACAUUUUGACUCCUAUGGAUUCUUUUCUACGUGAAAAUUUUCUGCUUUACACUGGCUACAUAUUCUGGGGAACAGCAUUUUUUAUCAUCUCCGGUUCGCUCUCCAUUGCCGCAGAAAACAAACCCACCAAUACUCUGGUCCAAAGCUGCCUGGCAAUGAAUAUUGUUAGCUCAGUGGCGUCUGGGAUGGGAAUCAUCUUUUUCUCAAUCAACUUGGCAAUUCUUGAUAACAUGCACUAUUACUGUCACCGGGAAAGUUCCUUUAAUAUGUGCUCUUUUGGUCAUUCUCUAUUAGAGGGAAUCAGUUUGAUCCUUCUCGUCCUAACUAUUUUGGAAUUUGCCAUUGCCCUUGUGCUCUCAGGCUUCGGCUGCAAGGCAAGCUGCUGUGGCCAGAGUGGGGUCACCAUCUUCAUGCCUCCCCCACCUUAUGUGUCAGAAAACCCAGCUGCCGAAGCGUGCAAAGGAGCGACAACACUUCAGAGCCCAGAUGCUGACACGGCUGCAUUUUCAGGAAGCCGGCCUGACAGUUUCAUAUAGAACACAUACUUCCCUGUUCUCAGGGAAGUUUCUUUGCCUUACUGGCUAUUUCUCACUGAAAAACAAAGCAAAUUAAUUACAGUUUCCUGGAUUUCUUUGUUAAUAGUCCCCUCCAUCUUUGGCAAUGGAGGGGACUUCCAUUGUCCAUUUGGCAUUUCUUCUUUCAUUUCUCUUCCAUGUCAGUGUUUGCUCACAACAGUCUCAUUAAAAUGUCAGUGAAUCAUAUUUUAAAGUGGCUGCUCCCUCCCCAAGUCCAGCUUGCCUCAGCCACCCUCUGGAUCCCAAGGAGAGAUGGGGACAAUGGCACAAAAGUGGAACAUAAACCUUGUUUUAUUUUAAGCUUUAUGGAAUUUAUCUCCUAGCAUACUAUCAGAGUAUUAAACAGAACUCUGCUA